AUGCAAUCAAUGGCCACAACAUGCACAGAGGACAGGAUCCAGCAUGCCUUAGAACGAUGUUUGCAUGGGCUCAGUGUCAGCCGGGGUACCACCACUUGGACAGCUGGACUGUGUCUAAACUGCUGGAGCCUGCAAGAGCUAGUCAGUAGGGACCCAGACAACUUUCUUAUCCUUCUGGAGCAAAUCCUACAGAAAACCACAGAGGUCCAAGAGAAAUGCAGCUAUGAUCUUCUGGCUCCCUUGGCUCUGCUUUUCUACUCUACUGUUCUUUGUACUCCACAUUUCCCACCAGAUUCAGAUCUCCUUCUGAAGGCAGCUAGAACCUACCACAGAUUCCUGACCUGGCCCAUACCUUACUGUAGCAUCUGUCAGGAGCUUCUCACCUUCAUUGACGCAGAACUCAAGGUGCCAGGCAUCAACUACCAGCGACUAGUGAGGGCAGAACAGGGACUGUCCAUCAGAAACCACCGAAAUUCCACUGUCACUGUACUACUUUUGAACCCUCUGGAGGUACAGGCUGAGUUCUUAUCUGUGGCUAACAAGAUGAGUUUCCCAGAACCUUCUCCCCAUAGCACCUAUGUCACAUUGCUGCAACAUGUUUACCAGGCCACCUUUGGGGUAUGCUGUGACCUGACCCGCCUACACCAUAUGCUUCAGUCCAAGACUGUGACGGAACUGGAGGCCAUCUUUGAAGAGACUACAGAGGCUCAGGAACAAGCCUCUGCCAUCAGAGACCCUUUGGAGGCCCGGCAGUGGCUGAAAGCCAAGUUAAAAGCUGUAGGAGAGAAAGCUGGCUUCCCCUACAUCUCAGAGACAGCUCAGCCCUGUAAGCUGUAUACCAUCCCCAUUCCAGUAGCCAGGUGCUACACCUGUAGUUGGAAUCAGGACAGCUUUGACAUCCUAAAUGAGAUCUUGCUUAAAGAAAGAGAAUUGUUCCAGUCAAAGACCCUCAAGGAUGAAGAAGAGGAGGAAGACUUGGAGGCAGAUGGAUGCUUUGCUGAAAGGGACUCCCUGCUCUCUACUUCUUCUAUGGCAUUGAGAGACUUGACCACAUCAACACCCUCUGAAAUUGGCCUCUCGAGCCAUCUGUUAACCUCUUUUGUCUCAGGACUCUCAGACUACAUGGACAGUGGCUACAUGGAAGACAGUGAUGAGAAUUCCCCUGAUUGGCCAAGGAAGGCAGAAAGCCAGGAGGAACCCCAAAGGCCUAGGAGAAAGUUCAAAAUAAUUCAGAAAAUCUUAAAGAACAAGAGCCAUCUGGCGCUUCGGAGAGACUCUCAAUGCCCUGUGAAAGAGACUGCUUCAGUUGAGCUCCCUCUUCGCCGGACAGGGAGUCUAUGCAGCCCUCUGAACAUCCCUUCACCACCUUCUUCCUGUUCCCAACGUUCCCAUUCCCUUCCCCAGCAUAUGCUGGAAAGCCAGCUUGAAAACUGGCUUCAUCCUACUGCCACAUAUCAUCGACAUCGGAGGCCCUUCCUUAGUGGUGAUGAAGACUCCAAGGCCUCUACACUUCGUGUUGUUGUCUUUGGCUCAGAUCGGAUCUCGGGAAAGGUUGCCCGUGCUUACAGCAAUCUUCGGAAGCUAGAAAGCAGUUGCCCACUCCUGACACAGUACUUCAAGCUUCAAUUCUUCUAUGUCCCAGUAAAACGAAGUUAUCAGCCUAUAUCUGGUACCUCUUCUGCUCCUACAAACCAGUCACACCUCAUGUCCACAGAAUCCCUAAGGCAUCUGACUCCAAUGGACAUUACCCUGUCCUCAUGGGAGGACAGCACCAAUGACAUUUCCCAUUACCUUGGAAUGCUGGAUCCCUGGUAUGAGCGCAAUGUGCUAGGGCUGAUGCACCUGCCCACUGAUGUCUUGUGCCAGCAGACUUUGAAGCCUGAGGCUGGGCCACUGGAGAGUGCCCAGGAGCAGCUGCCCAUCCUGGCCGACAUGCUACUCUAUUAUUGCCGUUUUGCCACAAGACCAGUCCUUCUGCAAGUCUAUCAGACAGAGUUAACCUUCAUCAGUGGAGAGAAGACCACAGAAAUUUUUAUCCACUCCCUGGAGCUGGGCCACUCUGCAGCUGUACGUGCUAUCAAGGCUUCUGGUCCAGGCAGUAAACGGCUGGGCAUUGAUGGAGACCGAGAAGCUAUCCCACUUACACUACAAAUUAUCUACAGCAAGGGAGCUAUUAGCGGACGGAGCCGCUGGAACAAUAUGGAGAAAGUGUGCACCUCUGUCAAUCUUAAUAAGGCUUGUCGGAAGUUGGAAGAGCUAGAUUCUAACACUGAAGCACUGACCCUGACCCUGACUGAAGUGGUGAAGAGACAGAACUCUAAGUCCAAGAAGAGUUAUAACCAGAUCAGCACAUCACAGAUCAAAGUGGACAAGAUACAGAUUAUUGGUUCCAACAACUGCUCCUUUGCUGUUUGUCUUGAUCAGGAUGAACGAAAAAUCCUUCAGAGUGUGGUCAGGUGUGAAGUUUCUCCGUGCUACAAAUCUGAGAAUAGCAGCCUUUGCCCACAGCCCCAGAGACUUUCCUUCUUGCCACCUCAAAACUCACCUGACCUCUGCUCCUUCCUGUGUUUGCCCAUCAUGACCUUCAGUGGAGCUCUGCCCUAA